CAGUUCCGCCUCGAUCGCCCCUCCUCUCUCUGCCGCGAUCGCACGCACGGCGGCGCGACGGAGGGACGGCACACCGCCACGGACCGACCGGCCUGGCCUCCCUCUAGAUUUCCUCUUUCCUCCUCUGCCCCGCGCGCGCCGGGGCCGGAGGGUCGGUCGAUGGGCAACGCGAGCGGCAGGCUGGAGGACAUCGCGGACGCCGAGAUGGACGAGGGAGGCCGCGGCCACGUGCGGCGCGCGUCGUCGACGGGAUACGUCGGAGGCGUUAGGGGAGGCGGCGGCGGAGGAGGAGGGGGAGGGGGGUCGUCCUCGCCGGGAAGCCCCCCGCGGCCCCACUCGCCGCGCAUGUUCGUGCCCCAGAGUCCUGUAACUCCACUGCAAAGAGCUUCAGAUGUGCCGCCUCCGGUGUUCAACCAGAUAUUGAUGCGUGAUGAGGAUGAUUCCGACGACCCCCCUCCAAAGAGGAUCCCCACUUUGCUUGUGUGGCCCCAUGGAGGCAAGUAUAUCUUCGUGGAAGGAUCAUGGGAUCACUGGACAUCAAAGAAAACCGUUCAGAAAUCUGGGAAAGACCACACCAUCCUGUUAGAGCUUCCAUCAGGAGUGUACCGGUACAGAUUCAUCGUCGACGGAGAAAGAAGAUACCUCCCCGAUCUUCCCUGUGAGACCGACAACGUGGGCAACAUCGUGAACCUUCUCGACGUCAAUGACUUUGUGCCGGAAAGCGUGGAGAGCGUGUCGGAGCUGAUGGCGCCCCCAUCCCCGGACUCGAGCUACAGUUUCCAGAUCCCCGAAGACAAGGAGUUCGCCAAGGAGCCCCCAACCCUGCCGGCGCCGCUCUACCUGGGCGUGCUCAACUCGCGGAGCGCCGAGCCGGAGUGCGCGAGGCCGAGGCACGUGGUGCUGAACCACCUCUACAUCGAGAAGGGGUGGGGCACGCAGCCGCUGGUGGCGCUCGGCCACACCCACCGGUUCCAGUCCAAGUACGUCACCACCGUCCUCUACAAGGCCAUCGAGCGAUAGCGCUAAUGUAGCGCGCGCAUGAAGCCGGCCAUUGCCGCCGAACGGAAGCGAGAGGUUUUUCACCCCUCGUGCCUGCACCGAUCGGAUCGUGCAUGAUUACAUAAACAAGCUGUAAUUUUCAUAUAGAGAUCAUGUUCAUUUUUUUUACCGAGACAACUGCACUCAUUUGCCAAGAAUAAAGUCAGAGUAACACAAGA